GGCGCGGUGGUAUAAAAUGAACCGCAGCAGAGGAACAGUCAGUCAGUUCCUAGUGACAACACAACAGACAACAUGAACACUAAAAUCUUGAUCGUGUUGGGAGUGGCAGCUCUGGCAGCAGCAGACAGCCGCAGCCGGGAAACCUUCUCCUACGCUGCCCCUCGUAGAUACUCCGCUGAGUCUUUCGAGUCUGGUGAGGCUCAGUACAACUUCAACUACGCCGUGAAGGACGACUCCUCCGGCAACGACUUCGGUCACCAGGAGACUCGCGACGGUGACGACACCCAGGGGUCGUACUACGUACAUCUUCCCGACGGUCGUCUGCAGACUGUGACCUACGUUGUUGAUGGUGACUCAGGCUACAUUGCUGACGUCAAGUACGACGGAGAGGCUCGUUACCCUGACUCAUACGAGUCCUUCGAGUCCUUCGAGUCCCGGGAGGCUCCCCGCUACGCCCCUCCCAGGCCAAGAUACUUCGACUCCAACGAGUCCAAAUAAUUACCUGAGUGAUCACCUAUAGGUGUGCCCAACACCCUCCUGACGAACCAUAGUGGCUGUGUUGUAUUACUGCAAAUGCAUCCUUGUCAAUAUUAUAUAUACAUAUUUAUGUAAAUAAAUUAUUCUGCAAUCAA